AACGCGGGGCAGUUUAACAAAAUGCUUGUCGUAUAAGCGACACAAUUAAUAAAUUAACAAUAAAAAUCGCAAUUUACAUUAGCUUUUUGUGUGUCAAUAACUUUGAGUGUUACAAAGAGCAUAGCGUGAGUGAGUCAAUAUUCACUUAAUUCAGAUAAGGAACGCCCCUCGAUCCAUAUAUUUAUGGGAUUUAUUCAAACAAAAGGCUAGUUGCAGGUUAAAAAUGCGGGUUAUACGACGGAAUGUACAAAAGCUGAUACUGAUGGGAAGUGUAGCAUCGAUGUUCUUAUUAUUGUAUGUGUUGAACAGUGAGCAGGAAGAUGUGGAUAAAAGCCUAAAAAUCGAAAUUAUUGAGAGAUCGAUAAGGUCCAUGAUGAAUCAGGGCGAAUGCCGACAACCGCACUUACCCUUGGAUAAUCCCGAAAUUAUGAAAUUCUACAAGCUGGUUGAAAAAAUAAAUUGCGGAUCCAAGCCGGAUUGGGUCAUGUGUGAGAAAUCGAUAUGUUUUGUGAAGCCCGAAAUAAGCGCAAUCCAUGGCGAUAUAACGUGUUCGUACACGGAUAUUAUACGCAAGUCGGACUACACAGCCCGCUUUGGACGCACUGUGAGAAUAAAGGAGCCAUAUGUGCUGCAGAACAGUGAUUUUGUUCGGGUUGCAUGCCAUGCAACCAGCGGGGAGAGAUGGUUUGGCAUGGCUUAUGGAAUACGGGACACGGUGCAACGUCCACCGGCUCCCAAUUUGGCACCCAAUCUGGCUGUGCUGCCACCCGAGGUGGUUGCUCAGGCCCAGCAACAGCUACAGGACCUGCCGACGACUCCCUUUUACAAUGUCUUGAUGUUCGGCUUCGAUUCGCUGAGUAGGAAUGCCUUCAUGCGUAAGUUACCGCGAAGCUAUGCCUAUUUGACACAGCAACUGGGCGCCAUUGUGCUGCAGGGCUACAAUAUUGUGGGUGAUGGCACUCCACAGGCACUGGUGCCGCUGCUCACUGGACACACAGAACUGGAGCUGCCGGAGACAAGGAAACGCGUGUCCGGUUCUGGUAGCGUCGAUGCAUAUCCCAUGAUUUGGCGGGACUUUGCACGCCUCGGCUAUUUGACAUCGUUUAAUGAGGAUUUACCAUAUGUGGGCACGUUCACAUACCGCAUGAACGGAUUCGAUUCCCAGCCCGUUGAUCAUUAUUUGAGAACAUUCUACAUGCAGGCUUCGAAUAUGCUGAGCGGCAGUGCACCCAACUGCGUUGGCAACCAGCCAGAUCAUCUGGUCAUGCUGGACUACACCAAGAAUUUCAUGAUGAAGUAUCGAGACUCCCCACGGUUUGUGUUUAGCUUUCAUGGCGGGCUUUCACAUGAUUCUAUAAAUCUUGUGGGCGCUGCCGAUGACGAUGUACACGAUUGGCUGGUGUCACUGAAGGAGAAGUCGCUACUCGACGAUACCAUACUAAUUUUCAUGGCUGAUCAUGGCAAUCGCUUUGCCGAGGUGCGCGCCACGUUACAAGGCAAACAGGAGGAGCGCCUGCCCUUUUUCAGUUUUGCAUUUCCCGAAUCGUUUAAGAAACGUUUUCCCCAGGAGUACAACAACUUUUUAGCCAACGAACAUCAUCUCAGCACGCCCUUUGAUGUGCAUGCCACGCUUAAGCAUCUGAUCCAUUUGCAAACUUCGGGCCUUUAUGAGCUGACACCAGACAACAACUACGACAACCUUAGCAACGAUAUCAAAACGGCACCAGUUCAGCCAAGGGACAUACACAUCUCGGAGCAGGCACGUGGAAGAGCGAUAUCGUUAUUUGAGCGCAUACCCAACAAUCGAUCCUGCGCCGAUGCGUACAUUGAACCGCACUGGUGCGCUUGCCUUAAUUGGUUGCCGCUGACGUUGAACGACACUCGCUACGCGGGAAUCAUAUUCAAGGCAGCCAGCAGCAUUGUAGAUACCAUAAAUGCAGCAACGGUAGAGCGUCGUCAGCUAUGUGCGCCACUUCAACUGGUGCAGGUCAACUGGGCGCUGCGUUUGCAGCCGCACAAGGAGCUGCUGGAGUUCAAGACCAAUAUCGAUAGAGAUGGCUUUUUGGCGGAUCUGAGUGGGCAUACAGUUGUCCACGAGGAGUUCUAUCAACUACAAUUGGUCACGCAGCCAGGCCAAGCGCUUUAUGAGGCGAGUGUCGCGCACAACUUGCACACAUUCAAUGUGACAACAAAACUCACGGAUAUCUCACGUGUCAACCAGUACGGCACGCAGGCUAAAUGCAUUUACGAGCGCGAUCCAGAAUUGCGCAAAUUUUGCUACUGUCGCGAAUAAAACUAAGCCAAAGUCAUACAAUGCACAAACAGAAUUAAUAUUAACAAACACUCGAAUAUUUCCUAUAAGACUUAUUAUUUAUAUUGUUACAUUUCAAUAUAUUAUUCAUCUUCUUCGAAUAUUAAUCAAUUAUAACGAUUUGCAAAGUAUUUAUCAUUUGUAAAAAUUGUAGUGAUUCCAUAAGUUAUUUAUUUAUUUAUUUGUAAGUUGUGUGUAUUUUUAUAUUGAUUAUUCGCAUUAACUAUGCUCAAACUUUCUACAUUAAUUAUAGAUAAAUUAAUGUAAUUAAUCUCUGUAGUAUAACUGCCUGCAUAAAUUCGUAACCGCAAAGAAUUGCAAUAAACAUACAUUGGUGUAGUAAUAUUACUAAAUAUGACAAACAUUUUCUCGAAAACCAACUGCCUAGCCAAAUUAUGUUUUUUUUUUCGUUUUUAAUUGGCUGAUGCACUCGCCUGAAUUUAUAUCUUAACUGGCAGAUAUUUAAUCUUCUCCACAAACUUGAAAACAUGUGUUAACCAUAUGUAAACUGUUAUUGAGUUAUGGGCUAUAUUUUGCCCAAUAUUUCAAAUGGCACUUUUUCUGAUCCGCCGAUCUGCUAAAAUGUAUUUUUUAUUGUAUGUGCUGUGUAUAUAAAUAUAUAUUUAUAUAUAUUAAGAUGUAUAUGUUUAACUAUUAUGUUUUAAAAAUAUACUUAUGUAUAUAUAAGUAACUAUAAUAUAUCGCACACAGUACGAAUCUUAACUUUGGAUCGAAUGCUAUGGAUUGAGCUUUCUCAACAUUUAUUAUAUAAAAGAAGGUUUAUUUGUUAGUUAAUGCACUGUUAUAAACUGAUAAUGAAAUGGGAGCAAAGUAAAACAUAUGAAAUAAAAACC